AUGCAUUUGCCCUCGCGCAUCGACGUCGCUUCAAGUCAUCAAGCAUCCUCACCGGCGUCGCAUGAUGGCAUCAUCCGUGUGGGCUCCAUCGUGCAGGUAUUGCCAGGACGCCAAUUCCCUUCCUUCUCUGCCGGAGACGUCGGAGUUGUGAAACGCGUGGAUGACGAGGCUCGGACCUGCGACGUGGUCUUUGAUCAUGGUGCCGGUCCGCUGACGGUCGCCAUGCGCCAUCUGAAGCUCAGCCAGGCCCAGGACUUCGCAACGCCAAAUGGGCUAAGUGAGAGCCUGGCAAGGAUGGAUCAAAUCUUGCAGCCGGGCUUGCACAGUCCGAAGGCCUCCAGGCACUCGCCGGCCGACCUCGAGGCACAACUGGCAUCGCAGCAGCACGCCCUGAACUCCAUGGAGGCUCGGCUCGUGGCAUGCGAGGCUGCCUUGAGCGUCGAAGAUUCACGGGGGAAGCCCGCUGGAAGACUGGUUGCUGCUCGGGUUGCUGCUCUGGAAGGAGCCCAUCAAGCUGAAGUCAACGAGCUGAGACGCGCACUGAACGAAGUAGCCGGCCUUUCGCGUGAGCAAGACAAUGUUCAUCGAAAACAUCGCAGCACUGGAAGAGAGCUUGAGCAAUUAUUCCAGAGCCUCGAGCAACGUUGCCAAAGCUUGCAGGAUAGUGCUCGAAGGUUGGAGACCGAGAUAUCUGGUUUGACUGCAUCGAUGAGUGGCCAUGAACGGCGAGCCGCCAAACUUCAAGAUGUGGUGGCAUCCUCCAACGCAGGCUUGUCAGAAUUGGCAGCUUUACUGGAGGGCCAAGAGCGGCGAACAGUCGAUCUAGCUCAGGCUCUCAGCACUGCCAGGAAGGAUCUUGCCGACCUGGCGGAUCGCUUCGAGGCUUCAAGACGGUCUGAGCGUCGUGACCGUGAGCGUGAGCUGAAGAGUCCGGGCUCGACAAGGGCGCUGGAGGGGCAGGAUGCCGAUGCCAUUUGGAAGGCUCUGCGGGAGCUUCAGGAGCUCGUCGUGCAUGAAUCUGAGCACCGCGCAGCUGGCUUGCGAGAGGUGCUGGGAGUGAUUGGGAAAGAUGCUGAGCAGCUACGGAACGACCAGACGCGACACGAGGCCGAGAUCGAGGGCCGCUGCAAAGCAGAUGCCCUCAAAAUCAAGCACCACAUUGCCGAAUCGCAGGCUCGCAUAUCCGAGUAUGAGAAGCAGACGAAUCGCGUGGACAAGCGAUUGGAUGCACUUUCUCAAGCCUUGUCUGCAGAGCGCAAUGCAAGGAUCGAGGCUUUCGUGUGGCUGGAGGAGCAGGUUAGAGAUGUGCAGCCUUCCGUGACAAAAGGAUCUUCGGCCCCAUCUGGAGUGGUUCCGGACAGCCCUUUGGCAAGGAAUGAUUCGCCCUCGAGGGAGGAGGCGCCGACCCGCGUAUCGCUGAAGCGGCUUCAGGCACUGGAGGCGAAGUUUGAGAAGAAGUCUCAGGCGGUGUACCAGAGCGAACAGCGCCCAACGUCAACAACGACGGAGGAGACUUUAGAGAAGCUUCGUGGACAGCUUGAUGGUCUGCGAGCGGAGCUCAAAGUUGCAGGUGUUCGGCCAGAGGCGACUGCAACCUAUGUUCUGUCUCCCAGGUCUUUGCGUGCUGCAGAGGUCCGAACUGUGUCGCCGACGAGGCUUAUGCAGGCUACCCAGCUGCCGCCCCGCGUAGUUUACUCGUACCAGACUGUCGCUGCUCCAGCCGCACCUCAGGCUUCUGGUUUCGCAGAGCCAACAGCCACUGUCGGCAUCGACUUGAACAAGGAUGGCAAAGCUGACAUUCCUGCUCCCGCAACUGACCUCAACGAUGAGAGUUACUUGCAAGCAGAGGCUGUUUUUCGGGGGAAGCAACCCAACAGCCCAAGGGUGACUCUUUGUACAGGCCCUGCAAAGGGCUAUGUUCGACCGACUGAGUUCACAACGUUUGGGUGA